AUGAAGGCCCAAGGCAAAGCCAGAUUGGCAAAAAGGGUACAGCUGGUAGCAGCACCAGCCUCAGCAGAGGUCUCUUGGCUCAAAGGGAUUGCGUCGCCGGGUGCUUUGAUCGUUUUCGUCAAGACCAAGCGGUCAGUGACAGACAAGGUGCACGUCAAGAUCGACAUGAGUGACACGUUUGCAGAAGAGUCGCGCGACGGACAGGUGGAAAUGCAGUUGCCUGCCCUACAGCCUUCCGAAAACAUGGACGUUGUCGAGUUUCGUCUGCGCUACGUGAACGUUCUGCAGUCGAUGAUUGAGAAGGCGAGCUCUAUCGUGACGAUCGGUCGCCCAUCGGCCACGACCUACGGCAACGAUACGAUCUUGCGCAUCACUGCCGUCGAAGCGAUCGAGUCGGCCCAAGCUCAAGCGACUUUAAGGAACUUGGACGAGAGCAAACGGUUUUUGCUGUCUGCGAUCAACGUGAUGUACCGUGGCAUGGCCAACUUGCGUCUUGACGCCAAAGAGACCACUUCGAUAUUGCUGGCCGACUUGGAAGAGUGUAUGACCAAUUUGUCGAGCAAGGCGGUGUCCCGAGGCCACGGUCGCAUGGCACAGAUGCUCCAAAUGCACUGGAUGCAGAGCCCGAACUAUAUCACAGUUGACGAAGCGGAACUCAGCGUCGGUGAGUGCGCCGUGUGUGGAGGCAAUCACUUGGGUGCCCCACAACAGCAAGCUGCUUCAGCCCCUGGCGGCUACAUGCGCAUCGGAAACUCCAUGCAAAUGCAAAUGAUGCAGAAGGCGUUCAAAGUCACCAAGGAAUAGUUAUGCCUCUUUACCCAGAGUACUUC